UUUCCUAAAUCAAAAAUAAAUUUUAUCAAAGAAAACCUAAAUGGAACGGAGAUCGGAUACGUAUUACCAAUUUCAGAGAAAACCAGAGGGUGGAGAGUAGUCGAUCGGAAGGAAAGAGAGCAUUUGGGUGUUUCGGGGUUUCUAGCCGGCAACCACAAACGCAAAGUAUAGAAGAGAAGAUCGAGGUUGGAGAUAGAUAGAGAAAGAUAUAUCGAGAAGAGGGAGACCAUAGGAGCAGUGGCUGGAGGCAGUGCCUUAUUCUGUGGACCGAAAUUCAAGCCUUGUGAAGUAUCCAGCCUUAAUGUUAAGAGAUGAAAGAUCAUCAACGCCAAAGUUCGGAUAGAAUCAGCAGUCUCCCUGAUGAUAUAAUUGAAAAAAUUCUGACUUUUAUACCAAUCAGAGAUGCAUUGAGGACAAGCGUUUUGUCAAAAAGAUGUAGGUACUGCUGGACAGGCAUGCAAAAACUUGUAUUUGAUGACAGGCUCAUUAAUGUAUCAUCUGAUAUGGGAGUAGUCAAAAAAUAUAAGCUUGUGAUUACCAUAUUCCAUGUUUUGUUGCUACACAAGGGUCCGAUAUCGGAACUCUAUAUUCAUAUCUCUGAUGAAGAAAUUGUUAAUGAGAUUGACCAGAUAAUACUUCAUCUUUCACGGAGCAAGAAUAUCAAGAAAUUCAUUUUUGAAGUUUAUCGAUAUGAUGGAUAUUACAAGUUACCGUGUUCAUUCUUUUCAUUACAUGGAUUAGAACACCUAUCUCUCAAAUAUUGUGUAAUUGAGAUCCCAUCAAUGUUUAAUGGAUUUAGUAUGUUGAAGAGCCUGAUAUUUGUCGAGGUUGACAUCAAUGCCACUAUGCUUCAGCGAUUCCUUAUCAGUUGCCCACUACUUGAGGAAUUUACAUGGAUUGGACGUUAUGUUACAGACUUUAUAGGAGACAACAAGUGUACAUUUGUUGACUUGUUUAAGUGUUUACCUUCAGUUCAAGCUGUGAACAUCUCUAGGUUUUAUAACAAGGACUUCUAUGCAGGUGUUAUGUCACAAAAGCUCCACACUCCACUAGUCUACUUGAGGAUACUUGUUCUUCAAGUAUGUUUUGGUAAACAAGAUGAGAUUUCAUCCACUCUCUGUGUGAUCAACAGCUCCCCAAAUUUGGAGAAGAUUAAAUUUAAGAUGCUUCGCUAUGUUGGACAAACUUUCAAUACGAGUUUUCUUGAUCCUCAAGACUAUUCGGGGCUCAACUUGGAUCAUCUUAGAGAACUGGAGAUUACAAAUUUCCAUAACUAUGCUCCUGAAAUGGAGUUUGUGAAGCUCAUCAUGGCUAAGUCGCCUCUGCUUAAGAAAGCACGAAUAGAGCUUGAUAAUUCUAUUUCUGUUGAUAUAGAAGUUAAGAUGUUACAAGAUUUGGUACUACAGCCAUUUCCACGUGCAUCAACAUCAGCCAAGUUCAUUAUCGAACGCCCUAAAAAAUUACCUGUGAAGGCAAAUUAAGUCUUUAGUGAUGUCAGUUGAAUUGUUAAAAUAUAAGGAUUGUUAAAGCACAAUGCCGUUAUUGUCUAUUUUGAAUUUGUUUAGAUGUCUUUUAGGAUUGAUUAUGAAUACUAUGACAAGUGCUACGUACGUACUUUCUACUC